UUUAUUAUGUUUUAAAAAUUGAUAGACACAUAUAUAUUGUAAUAUAUACCAAUUUAGAAUUGUAAACAAAAUAUUUAUAUAAAAAUAAAUGAAAACAAAAACUCGUGCGGUUGCGUGGAUAUCUAGCUAUUAUUAUGGUUGCUGAGUUUUUUUUUUUGUCUCUGAGUAAUUUUAUUAAAGUGUUCAAGUCAACCGACUUGUGAUGGAAAAACAAACAAGUUCAGAACAGAGUACAUAACGAUAAAAACAUCAGUAGAUGCCUUAUGAUAAAAGAAAAAUCAUCCUAAGGAGGAUAAAAAGAAGGGUCUGCCCCAACCUCCUUACACCAUGAGCCUGCAUGGGAUAGAGAUGUAUAUUAAGCCUGAGAAUUUCUCAUAGCUUGUGACCUGAGAGAUGACGAAAGCCACAUAGUACCACCACUUGCUAGAUAAGAUUGAUAAUAGCAAUCCUCGGUAGCACUUGACGCAAUUCCAGUAGUGAUUAUAUUGACCUCAAUAGUGGCAGAUGAUAUUCAAUGAUCACUCUUGAAACCCGGAAGUCGUGAAGCACCUCCAACAAAUCGAUUUCUCAUGAAUGCUGAACUUAAGGGAUGAAUGAAAAUCUAUGAAUUAGAACCCUAAGAACUGAAACUCUGCUUUUAUCUACAGUAGUAGCUUGAGAAGAGUGCAGCAUGAUCCAAAGUCCAACUCCAAGUGAUGAAUCCCUAACUCUUCGCAGAAACGUCGCUCUCCAAUAACAUGACUAGAAACACUUUAUCCGACAACCUAAACUUUGGAGGAGGCAGAACAACUCAAAGAGACUCUCCACCAAACAAUCUCCCCAAAAAACGAAAGCAACAAGAGGCCGAGACAACGAAAAAGGAAAAAAUUCAACUCGGAUAGAGCAAAUCCACAAAGACUAGCUUCGUCAAAGUGACACCGCAGGAAGACUCACAAGAAACCGCAGAUCGAGACAUGAAGGAGUCAAAGCGAAGAUAAAUCCUGAACAGAUGACCCCCAAUCGAUGCUAGUACAAAAGCGAAAGAGAUGACAAGUCACCACAUCCUUGACAUCCAUCGACGACUGAAUAACACGCCAGAUCCAUAAGAGCCACACCAUAGAUGCGAGCCAAACUCAAAAACUCCAUGAAAACACACACGAGGUAAAUCAAAACAAAGAAGAAGAAGAAUGGAAGCCCUCUCCGGUGGUGUCUAGGAGCGACAAUCACCGGAGAGGCAGAGAUCUAGUGCACGAAAACUUGGCGGCUAGGUUAAAAAGGAGAUCUAGAUCGCAGAAAGUUUUCUUUCAGUAUAGUUCUACUUUGAUAUCGUUUAAUAUCGUUUUCUUCUUAUCUUGAUUUCAAAUUUUCAAUGUCUGCUCGAUGUCGCCAUCUUGAAAGAUUUUCAUAUCUCAACAUUUAUUGAUUUUCUUGGCGAGGUAAUUAGGGUUUUUUUUUGGUAAAAAGAGGUAAUUAGGGUUAAUUGCUUUGCAUGAUGAUAAGAUGAUUACAUUGUAUUAUAAUAAAUUUGUGAUACUAUAAAUGUGUACCCUACUCAAUACUAAUGUCAUUGAGUAGGUAUCAUUAAUUAAUAUAUUGGUACUUAAUAGUAUCAAGUUACCAUCGUACAUAAUAUCAAGCAACUAUUAAAUCAUGAUUCACGUGAUACAUGGAUAGAGCUAAAGUACUUCAAUUUUAAAUUGGUAAUCUACAUAAUUUAAAACAGUGUAAUUAGAUUUUAGAUUAAAUUUGUGUUUAAUUAUCUAAGUAUUUUGUUUUAGAUCGUAUGUUAGAAAAAAAUAGACUCCUGAUAAGGUCACUAUUUAAUUGUAAAUUUGUAGCAAUAAUAUUGCAACUUGAAUUAUUGAACUGUUAUAACAAAACUGAAAUACUAAUAAUUGUUCUUUCAUAAUGAAACUGAAAUACUAGUAUGGCCCUGCGACGUUUGAAAUUGCUAAUCAAUCAGGCCAUGAUAUCGUCUUAACAUGGCCCAAUGAAAACAUGCAGACGAUUACUUGAAAAGUUAUACAAGUAUAUGAAUACUUUAACACAAGUUUUCUUGGGUAAAAUUUAUAAAAUAUCCCUCGUGGAUCACGAAAUCGUAGAUUAAUAUUUCGCCUAAUGAUUAAUGUUCUAUAUGCGGAUACAUGGAUAUAUUUCAUAAUGUCAAUAUAAUGCACGUAGAGUUCACUGCAAUUGAUCAUAGCACCUAUAACAAUCUACUCUCCCUUUGAAGGUUAUCUCUCUUUGCUUCUCUAUUUGUACAAUUUCAUUGAUAGCUCAAAUAACAGUUUAUGUAGUUAUACGUAACUUUUAAGAUUGAUCUUAAAGCAAACAAAGAUGGCCCAAAAGGUGGAAGCACAAGGAGGGAAAGGAGGUAUUCAAUGGGACGAUGGAUCCGAACACGAUGCCGUAACCAAGAUUCAGGUCGGAGCAGGUGGAAUCGGCAUUCAAUACAUCAAGUUUGAUUACGUGAAGAACGGACAAUCCGAAGAAGCCCCUCUUCGGGGAGUCAAAGGCCGUAGUAUCGCAGCUGAUCCGUUUGUUAUUAACCAUCCAGAGGAGCAUCUAGUUUCUGUAGAAGGUUGGUUUAACCCUGAUGGUCUCAUUCAAGGGCUUAAGUUCAUAUCCAACAAGAAAACUUCUGAUGUCAUUGGAUACGACGACGGUACUCAUUUCACUCUCCAAGUUCAAGACAAGAAGAUCAUUGGCUUUCAUGGGUCUGCCGGAGACUAUGUCAACUCUCUUGGAGCUUACUUUGCUCCGUUGACUUCAACCCCGUUGACCCAUGCCAAGAAGCUGCCGGCACUUGGCGCUGAUGUAGGAACUGCAUGGGAUGAUGGUGCUUACGAUGGUGUUAAGAAGGUGUACGUAGGACAGGCCCAAGAUGGUAUAUCAGUCGUUAAGUUUGUGUAUGACAAAGGCGCUGAGGACAUCGUCGGAGCUGAACAUGGAACGAGUACUCUACUCGGAUUCGAAGAGUUCGAACUUGACUAUCCAAGUGAGUACAUCACGGCUGUCCAAGGCACCUACGAUAAAAUCUUUGGGAGUGAUGCCACGGUCAUAAAUAUGCUUAGGUUCAAGACUAAUAAGCAAACAUCUACUCCCUUUGGACUUGAAGCUGGCACAGCCUUUGAGCUCAAAGAGGAAGGCCACAAGAUCGUUGGAUUCCAUGGAAAAGUCAGUGACCUGCUUCAUCAGCUUGGAGUCUAUGUCCUGCCAGUCACCAACUGAUCAUAUGACAUCUUUCUCUUUGAUUCCAUGCAUCUAAAAUAAGCUAUUAUAUCUAUCCUUUAAAUUUGUUAUUUGAAAUCUCCUUGUGCCUCUUGUGACCUUUGAAUAAGUGUUUUAAGUAACGUUUCUUGUGAUGUUUGUUUCUUUGAUGUCUUUGUAAUCCAUUUCAAUAAAGGAAGUUUGUUUCA